AUGCUAGGGAAAUCGCUGGACAAGCGUCCAGAGCUGAAGGCAGCAUACGGCAAAGUCAUAUGUAGCCACAUUGACAAAGGCUAUGUGCGCGUAGUGUCGGCAGCAGAGGUUGAGGCAGAUUGCGACGACCAGUGGUUCCUGCUGCAUUUCGCCAUUGUACGAGAUGACAAGGCCACCACGAAGGUACGUAUCGUCUUUGAUGCUGCUGCCAAGCAUGACGACACGUCGAUCAAUGAGUGCAUGUACGCUGGACCCACUCUGCAGAAUGACCUAGUGAAAGUGCUUAUGCGGUUCCGCAAGGAGCCAGUAGUUCUCACGGCGGACAUUACUGAGAUGUUCCUGCAAAUCGUACUUGCUGAGCAAGACCGCCGAUAUCAUGGCUUUGUGUGGGACUCACGCGUAUACGAGUUCGAGAGAUUGGUGUUCGGCAUCAAGGCGUCUCCGUACCUGGUAUGCAAGGCGCUACAAGUGGUGUGCCGCGAAACAGCCGACAAAUAUGACCCAGCCAUGUUGCAGAUCGUUGACCGAGACAUGUAUGUGGAUGAUCUGCUGCACUCUGCUGUCUCCGUACCGGAAGCCAUCCGCACACAGCAGACAGUACAGGACAUCCUUGAGCAGGGCAGCUUCCACCUCCGCAAGUGGCUCCGCAAUAGCUCGGAGGUGAUCGAAGGCGUACUGGAAGCUGACCGCUCACCGCAGCUCAUAGCUAGCAUCAAUGAUCAUGAUCACUGUGUGCUACCCUCAGUCAAGACGCUAGGCGUGAUGUGGUCGGCAGAGGAUGAUACCUUCGCCUUUGAGUUCAAGCCGCCUGCAACGGAGAAGCUGACCAAGCGAGCCGUGCUGAGUAAGAUGGCAUCUAUAUUCGACCCACGCGGACAACUAGCUCCCUUCACGAUUCGCGCUCGUGUCAUGUUCCAGGAGCUGUACAUCCUCGGCGUGGGCUGGGAUGAUCCACUGGCCGCUGAGCACACGCGGAGAUGCACAUCCUCAUUUAGCGAGCUGGGAGAUCUGGCGCUGAUCCGUGCGCCGCGCUGCUUCAAGUGUUCGGGUCGCGAGUCGUCUGUCGCUACAUUGUCGCUGCACUUGUUCACUGAUGCUUCAGAUGCCGCCUACACCUCUAACGUGUACGUCCAUGCUGAGUACCCAGAUGGCAAUGUGCAAGUGACGCUAGCACUCGCCAAGGCGCGUCCAUGUCCCAUUAAGAAGAUGUUGAUCCCGAAGCAGGAGCUGAAGGGUGCUAUGCUUGGUGUUUGCCUGGCCCAGACAGUGAAUGACGAGCUAGAUCUGCCGAAGGCUGAUGCCACCUACUGGUCCGACUCGAUGAACGUGCUUCACUGGGUGAGAGCACAUUGCAGAAAGUUUAAAGUCGACGUGGGCAACCGGAUAGCAGAAGUACAAGAGUAUUUAGCUGGCAACCAGUGGAAUCACGUUCCUGGAAAGCUGAACCCAACCGACAAGUGCACCAGAGGCUUGACAGCAGCCCAGCUAGCCAGUGAUUCAGUAUGGUGGAGCGGCCCUGAGUUCCUCGUCCAGCGGCACAAUGAGUGGCCGUCUCGUCAGAUAACCAUGCCAAAAGAGUUGCCCGGAAUGGUAAAGCGAGUGCAAGUGAUGGCGUUCGCUGUGCUGCAAGUUUCAACGGAGGUGUUUCGUCUCCACCCCAACAACUACUCGUCAUGGAAACGUCUAGUAAGAUUGAUGGCCUGGUGCUACCGUUUCAUCAACCGCUGUCGUCGACGUCAUGCUAGCACGAGAGGGGAUCCGGAAGCAGCAAGUACAGCAGUCGACUCUGUGGAGCUGAAGUCUGAGGAGCUCCAGCGUGCUGAAUGUCACUGGUAUGUGAUUGCUCAAGCAGAGAGCUAUCCCGCUUCGUAUCGGCAGCUGACGUCAGGGAAGUCCCUUGCAGCGAAUGACCCGCUGCUACGGAAUCCAGUGCUCGACAAGGACUAG